UGUUGGUGGUUUUGUCUUGCGUCUCGAGCCGCCGACCAGCCACACACCGACACCGCACGACGGACGAGUGAUAAAAAAUUAAUGAUUAUUGACCGAAACACGACAAGUCGACAACGAAGUUCGGAAACACAGCCGCCGCCGCCGCAUGCCGUGUUCGGUAGACGGAUAGUCUUUUAUAGUUUUUUACGACUUAGUAUUCCGUAGGCCGUUCUCGUUUGUUGCGGCAUUUCCCCCGUCGGUCGUGUCUGUCCCCAUCAUUGUCGACGCAGUCGGACAAUAAUAAUAGUAAUAAUAAUUACUACAAUAGCUGUAAUUGCAUUGUACUUUUGUUGUCAUUGCCGAUUGCUGAUCGUGGAAAAAUGACUGACACGAAACCGCUGUUGGACAGCGGCGAUUUGACCGCCCAAAAAGCUUCGGAAGCAGUGCGCGAAAAACACAAGCCUAUAAGAAGUGCUCCWGCGGGCAAGAAAUAUGUACGCUGUUUGUGUCAUUGUCUUUUGAUUUGCAAAAGUACAUCACAGCGUAUUGCUUGUCCCCGAAUAAACUGCAAAAGAGUUAUAAACUUAGCGCCAAGUCCUGUAACACCGCCAAUUCCUCAGGUUCCAGGAAUGUGUCGUGUUACUUGUGUGCACUGUCAGGAUACAUUCCUUUUUAAUAUGUUACAAAACGCAUUGGCUAGAUGCCCGCAUUGCCGUAAAGUGUCUUCUGUUGGCCCUGAAUUUGCCAAAGCAAAAGCUAUAUUUUUCCUCAUAUUAUCUGUCAUACUGUUUAUUAUUGGCGGAUGUGUUGUAUUUUUCACAUACUCAAAYGCAAAGGCUCACAGCGGUUAUUUCAUUAUUCACAUUGGUAUCCUCAUGUUAACACUUUUAGCAUUUUGGAAAUGUCUAUAUUACUGCCGAAUUAAAGUCAGCUCUAUUGAUGGACCUGUCUAAAAAUAAUAAUAUAUUGUAUCCUUAGAAUAUUGGCCAUUUUAAAUGUUAAAAAAAAUUAUUUUAUACUAUGGUAAAUAAUUAUUGUAGUUUUAUACCUCUUGUUUUUUUUUUCUGUUUAAUAUUAAUUGAAUUUGUUGAAUCUUAUAAUAUGAGGAAAAAGAUUCCAUUUACAAGUGUACACUUUUGCAGUAAUGUUGAAUAAUAAUAAUAAUAAUUCCCUAUUAUUAUUACUAUUGUUAAUGACGAUAAUCUUCUAUUUUAAGUAAAACAAAAAAUUAAAUUAAAUGAUUCUGACAUUGUUCGAUCUAACAUUUACGAAAUUUAUGUCUAUUCCAGAUAACCUGAGUUUAAUAAUAAUAUUAUU